AUGGACACCGUCUUGUUGCCGGUGACACACAUGGUCAGGGCACAAGGAUUGUGGAGCCUCGUAUGCUUGACAGAGUGUUUUAUUCAGAACAUUCUUGAAAUGAACCUCGCAAGUGAAAUGAAACAGUUGUCAAUAUUCAGCUUGAUGACUAGCAUUGUUGGAUACGUAGUUGAAUGCGUUGCAAGUGAUGUUACCAUCAGUGGGAGAAACAUAAUGAGAACAUUUGGAAGAACAUUCCAUGAAGAUUGUACGAUGGCCGGUGCGUUGUGGCGCGUCUGGAGACAGUGCCUCAGAGGCAAGGGUCACAUUUUCAACUGCCCAGAGUUCCACAACUUUCGUCUCGCGUCAAAGCCUAACAGUAAUCGUGUUCAUUCAGCACUUGUUGAAUAG